CGGCGGCGCUGGGAGGGCAGGGUGAAGCCGUGCGCCCCCGCCGCGAAGCCGUCGCUCAGCGCCCAGCAGAGCGGCUCGCCGGCCCGGCCCAGCAGGCACAGGCUGGGGAAGCGCUCCAGCAGCUCCCCCAGGUGCUGGGGGCCGUGAUGACGGUGGCACGGGGGAACCCGGCCGCCCACCAGGUGCUGGUGGACUCGUGGCCCGAUUUCGCCGUCGUCCUCACCCGCCUGCGCCCCGAGGAGCAGGCGGACCCCGGGGACUUCUACGCCAACCAGCUGGCCGUGUUCUACCGCGAGGAGGGCGCCUGGCGGGCGCUGCUGGGGAGCUCCGAGGCCGUGGACUGGAGCCGAGCCUUCCAGAUGCAGGGGAUGCAGGACGGGGUGCACGAGGCCGUGUGCCAGGCGGCCGCGGCCAAGGGGCUGCGGAUGAAGACCUUCCAGUACCGAGCGAUGCUGAGCCCUGAGCCGCCCCGGCCCCGUGCGCAGAUCCCAGCGGGGCUGCGCCUGGCACCGCUGUCCCCGUCCCACGUCCCACUGCUCAACGCCACAUGGAGCUUCGGGGGCACGGGGCGCAGCCGCCGGUUCCUAGAGGGGCUGGUGCGGGCACUGCCCAGCGCCUGCCUGCUGGACCCCCGCGGGCGCCCACUCUCCUGGAGCCUGGUGGACCCCCUGGGCUGCCUGAGCCACGGCUACACCGUGCCCACCUGGCGUGGCCGCGGGCUCAGCGGGCUGGUGCUGGCCGAGCUGGGCCGGGGGCUGCACGCCCGUGGCUUCCCCGUGUACUGCGGCGUGCUGCCCUGCAACGCGCCCUCUCUGCGCGCCCUGUGUGCCACCGGCUUCCUGCCCCAGCCCGGCACGCUCUACAUGCUGCUCAGCACCCCGAGCAGCGCCCGGGGGGCGUAAUGGGGGUGGCACCGCCCCCUGUUCACUCUGGUCCCUACUGAUGGCGAGUGCCAGCUCCUCGCCCUCCCCCCCCCCCCCCCCCCCGGUGCGGUGUGGGCUGGGGCGGGGCGGGGGGCGUGCGGCGGCAUCACUGGAGAAAGGCUUUUAUUCGUUAAUACAAGAAUAGAUCUUCUGCAAUAAAUACCUAAUAAAUAACA